AUGGAGAAGGAAGAGCCCAGCGUCGCUGUCUCCAGCGGUGUUGACGAAAACGCACAUGACGAUGUCCUCACCAAGUUGCGCAACCUGAAGGCCCAUCAUCACUGGGACCCAAACAUGCCAGAUGAAGUCGAGGAUGAGCUCGACGAGGCCCUUGCUACAGAAGACAAGGGUGCACGGGUUGACAUUGCACAUGAAGUUCUUGACAACUCACCUUAUCCGGAAGUGCGCUCCGCGGUGCCCAAUAUCGACGAAGGUGGCCACACCAACACUAUCCGUGCCUGGGUCAUUGGUCUACUCUUCGCAACAAUUGGCUCUUCACUUAACAUGCUCUUCUCCAUGCGUCAGCCGUACAUUGUUAUUCCAUCCUACAUCGCCCAGGUCGUUGCUUACCCCGUCGGCAAGGCGUGGGAGAAAUUCAUGCCCGCCACGAAAUUCAAGUUCUUCGGUAUUGAUUGCAAUCUUAAUCCUGGUGUUUUCAGCAAGAAGGAACAUGCGCUGGUUGUUAUUAUGGCUAAUGCGACCUUUGGUGGCGGUGCCGCAUAUGCAACGGAUAUCCUUCUCGCGCAGCGCGCAUUCUACGGACAGAAGUUCGGAUGGGCUUUUGAAAUCUUCAUGUGCAUCUCAACACAGAUGCUAGGAUUUGGUAUGGCCGGUUUCUUCACCAAAUUCCUGGUCCAGCCCGCUGCUAUGAUCUGGCCAUCCACUUUGAUCAAUACUGCGCUGUUCUCUGCUCUUCACGAUCACUCCAGGCCCGAUCCCCGCAAGGUUUCUGGCUGGAAGAUUGGCCGAUAUGGUCUUUUCCUCACUGCGAUGAUAGCGUCUUUCUGCUGGUAUUGGUUCCCCGGGUAUAUCGCCCCCUUCCUCAGCGUCUUCGCCUGGGUUACCUGGAUCAAGCCCAACAAUGUUGUCAUCAAUCAGCUGUUUGGCGGUUGGACUGGUCUAUCCUUGCUCCCCAUGACCUUUGACUGGACUCAAAUCUCCGGCUUCAACUUCAGUCCACUUAUUGCUCCUUGGUAUGCUAUUGCCAAUACUUUGAUUGGCAUGGUCUUCUUCUUUUGGAUUGUCACUGCGGGUAUCCACUACAAGGGGCUGUUCUACUCGGAAUAUCUACCAAUUAGUGAUUCGCAGAGUUACGACAACACUGGUAACAUUUACAAUGUCAGCAAGAUUCUCACUCCAGAAUUCACCUUCGACCCGGUCAAGUACAAGGAGUACUCCCCGCUCUUCCUGUCAACGACAUUCACCCUGUGUUACGGUCUAUCAUUUGCCGGAAUCAUCGCCGUUAUCGUGCACACUGGUCUCUUCCACGGCUCUGACAUCUGGUCCCGGUUCCGCCAGACCGGUGGCGAGACCGAGGAUGUGCACAGUCGCCUGAUGGCGCGUUUCAAGACCGUCCCCAUGUGGUGGUACGGAGUCGUCACUCUUAUCAUGAUCGGCAUCGCACUUGGUGUCACUCAAGGGUUCGAAACUCACCUGAGCUGGUGGGCCUUCUUCAUCUCCCUCGCCAUUGCAGUGUUCUGGUUCAUCCCUCUGGGUAUCGUCAAAGCUUCGACGAAUAUCGAUAUUGGCCUCAAUGUCCUCACUGAGUUCAUCAUUGGAUACAUGCAGCCCGGAAAGCCCAUGGCAAUGAUGCUCUUCAAAACAUACGGCUACAUGAGUAUGUACCAGGGAAUGUACUUCUCCCAAGAUCUGAAACUCGGCCAUUAUAUGAAGCUUCCUCCCCGGGUGACCUUCAGCGCACAGAUGGUUGCCGGUGUCUGGUCAUCCCUUGUCCAGAUCGCAACAAUGAACUGGGCCCUCGGCGCCAUCAAGAAGGUCUGCCAGAGCGACCAGCCAAACCACUACACCUGUCCCAAUGGACGAGUCUUCUUCAACGCCUCCGUGAUCUGGGGUGUAAUUGGUCCGCAGCGAAUGUUCUCCAUCGGCGAGAUCUACUCCCCGCUCAUGUUCUUCUGGAUUGCCGGUCUCAUCCUGCCAAUCGUGAUCUACGUCGGUGCCCGUAAGUGGCCCAAGAGUUCGAUCCGCUAUCUCAACGCCCCUCUCAUCUUCAGUGGAGCCGGUCUUAUCCCACCCGCCACACCGCUGAACUACCUCAGCUGGGGUAUCGUCGGAUUCAUCUUCAACAAGUGGAUUCGUGACCGCUGGCGCGGAUGGUGGAUGCAGUACAACUACGUCCUUUCCGCGGGUCUGGAUGUCGGUCUGGCUAUCUGCACCAUUCUGAUUUUCCUGACUCUUAACCUGACUGGCACUGAGUUCCCUGCUUGGUGGGGUACCAGGAUUGCGGCGAAUACCAUGGAUGCUCAGGAUAGUGCUAUCCGGACUCCCCUUGCUGAGGGUCAGACAUUCGGUCCGGCUACUUGGUAG